AGAUAUCCGCUCCCUCUUAUCGAUGAUCACAUAGAUCGGUUAGGGAAUUUCGAGCUUUUUACUGGGCUAGAUAUGGCUACUGGGUUUCUACAAAUACCGAUGGAGGAAGAGUCGAUUUCUAAAACUGCUUUUGUGACCCCCGAGGGACAUUUUGAGUAUUUAAAAAUGCCCUAUGGCUUAUCAAAUUCCCCUAUUGUGUAUCAACGCAUUAUCAACAACACUUUGCGCAAAUUCAUUGAUUCCGGGAAUGUUUUAGUGUAUGUUGAUGACGUGCUAAUAAUGAGCAUGACCGUGGCGGAGGGACUAGAGCUUUUACGAGACGUCCUGAAAACAUUGACAGAGGCAGGAUUUUCGAUUAAUCUAAGUAAAUGUUUCUUCCUAACUAAAGAGAUUGAAUACCUGGGGAGAGUUGUCAGUAGAGGUCAGGUUAGGCCGAGUCCGCGAAAAGUUGAAGCUCUAGUCAACUCACCCGUCCCACAAAACGUGAAACAAGUUCGACAGUUCCUGGGUCUAGCCGGAUACUUCCGACGGUACAUCAAAGACUAUUCUUCAAAGACUGCAUGUAUCGCUCGCUUGACGAAGAAAGGGGUUAAGUUUGAUUGGGGCCCGGAACAAGAAAAAGUUAGACAAGAACUAAUUACGUGUCUGACAAGCGAGCCCAUACUUGCAAUCUUUGAUCGCACUUUAGCAACUGAGCUGCACACGGAUGCGAGCAGUGCAGGAUAUGGCGCGGUACUUAUACAGGUUGAUAAGGAAGGAAAAAAACGGGUAGUUGCCUAUUUUAGUAAAGUGACCCAAGGCGCUGAGAGCAGAUACCAUUCGUACGAGCUCGAGACUUUAGCAGUAGUCAAAGCCCUUCAGAAUUUUCGCCACUAUCUGGUCGGAAUUCCUUUCAAAAUAAUCACGGACUGCAAUGCCCUGAAGUCGACAGAACGUAAGAAGGAUCUGCUCCCGCGUGUUGCUCGUUGGUGGAUUUACUUACAAGAUUUCGAUUUCACGAUCGAAUAUAGAAAAGGCACCAUGAUGCCCCAUGCGGACUACUUAAGCCGAAAUCCACCAACGACCAACCAGGUUCACAAUAUAGAGAAGCCACGAAACUGGGCCCAAAUUGCUCAGUCUGCUGACGAGGAAACCAUAGGUUUAAUAGAGAAACUUAGAGAUGGCAACUUGGAUCCCAGACAAUAUGUUUGUCAAAAUGACAUCCUCUAUUACCGGUACACACCUGUAGGUGAAGAUGCACGGUUGUUGUGUUAUAUUCCCAAGGGACAUAGGUUGAGUCUCUUGAGAAUAUUCCACGAUGAACACGAGCAUAUUGGGGUUGAAAAAACUAUUGAUCUGAUACUAAAGCACUUUUGGUUCCCUGGUUUGCGCCAAUUUGUUUCAAAAUAUGUAAGCCAUUGCCUCACAUGUAUAUCAAGAAAAAGAGUCCCAAGGGCACCACACCAACCACUAACCUCAUGGGAUAAGCCUAAUUCCCCAUUUAAUACUGUUCACGCUGAUGUGUUAGGUCCAUUACCACAAUCAAAUGGUUACAAAUUUGUAUUUGUAUUGGUAGAUGCUUUUACAAAAUUUUGUUUACUCUAUGCAAUGUAUAAACAAGAUGUAACUGAGCUUAAACGAGUGUUCAAUGAUGCUAUCUCACUCUUUGGAGUCCCAAAACUUCUUAUAACUGACCGCGGGCGCAUGUUUGAAUCGUCCCAAUUCGUAACUGUGAUAACUGAGCUUGGCUGUGAUAUUCACUACAUCACGCCUGAGAUGCACCAGUCAAACGGUCAGGCCGAGAGGUACAUUCGUACCGUACUUAAUAUGAUCAGAAUAGAAACAAGCCAAAACAAUUCCACAUGGUCCAAUGUUUUGUGGAAACUUCAGCUUGUUCUUAAUAUCACCAAGCAAAAAACCACUCAAGUAUCACCGCUUAACCUACUAAUUGGAUCUGAAGGAACUACACCCGUGAUUAGGUCCCUAGUUCGUGAUGUGGCCGUGGAACGGUCACAACCUAACCGCGAAGCCCUCCGAGAAAUGUGCAGGACUCGAGCUAAUGAACUUUUGUAGAGGAAUCAGGAGCGCCAGGACGCGUAUGUCAAUCGGGACCGUCGUCCACCACGGGUAUUCAAAAUUAAUGAUUUGGUAUUUGUAAUCAAGUUUUCGCAGUCAACAGGAAAGCUUGACCCAGGCAUGCGAGGCCCGUAUAAAGUAACGAAGGUGCUGCCCAGCGAUCGAUACGAGCUGAAGCUGUUGAGUGGGGGCUAUGGAAAGACCACGCAAGCUGCGGCAGAAUACAUGGUGCCGUGGCGUGGAGAGUGGUGCCCCGAUACGUGCGCAGCAUUCUUUGCGAAUGAUGCUAACGAGGGUGACAAUGCGGUGCCACCACUUCAACCUGAUGACAACUCUUCAGCUCCAGCAGGGCCAUCAUCGCGAUCCGAUGACUGCUCUUCGGCUCAAGCAGGGCAUCCUCCGCGACCUGAUGACAGCUCUUCGGCCCCAGCAGGGCCGCCACUACGACCUGAUGACGGCUCUUCGGCUCAAGCAAGACAUAAAACUCCCGAGGACGGGAUAGCGUCAGGAUAGGCCGUAUAAGUGUAGGGAGUAGAAUUUUUGUUAACGCUGUCCACCCUUUGCGCACUCGCCUAUAUAAACGCCCCGCGCCAGUCGCUCGGGCUUACUUUUCGGCGGCUCUCGGUGCGUGCGGUACUCUUGGAGUGCAUAAGGGGUUGGCAGCGGUUCGGUAUCGUUAUUUUUUAUUUUACUUGCCUUUAUUUUCAUAACUUACUGUGUGAAUAAUAUUGCUGUGCUUAAUUUGUGUAUAUACGAAUGGCUUUUUGAUUGUGUGAUUAACUUAAUUAUUAGGAAAUAGAUCUAAGGUUUUGUUUUUCAAUAAAUUGUAAAUUGUUUUA